CCAUGACUAUCGGUGACGCCACAACAAAGAUGGCCGCCUCCACUGGAGUAACGCUGGUUCUGUAGAGUCAGACUUUGAAGUGUGGAAUUAACAGCGGGUCUUGUUUGUUUACCAUCGCACUGUCGAAAUAAUUGUGGCCGAAAUGAAGAACUUUUGUGGACGAACCAACCCGACCACUGGAGCUUUGGACUGGGUGGAGGAGAGCGAAGAGUACGACUAUCACCAGGAGAUAGCCAGGUCAUGUUAUGCUGAUAUGCUGCAUGAUCAUGACAGGAAUGAAAAGUACUACCAAGGCAUCCGGGCAGCUGUGGCCCGAGUCCAGGCUCGGGGCGAGAAAGUCAUCGUCCUGGAUAUCGGAACAGGAACCGGGUUAUUGUCCAUGAUGGCUGUGACUGCUGGAGCUGACUUCUGCUAUGCUGUGGAGGUUUUCAAGCCCAUGGCCGACGCGGCCCGCUGCAUUGUGGCGAAAAACGGCUUUGCUGACAAGAUCAAGAUUAUUGACAAACACUCCACUGACAUCACUGUCGGACCAGGUGAAGAUAUGGAAGUGAAGGCCAAUGUUCUGGUCACAGAACUAUUUGAUACAGAGCUGAUUGGUGAGGGGGCUCUGCCUAGCUAUGAACACGCUCACCAAAGUCUUGUUCAGGACGGUUGUGAGGCCGUCCCCCACCGGGCUACUGUCUACGCCCAGCUAGUUGAGUCCCCUCUCUUGUGGAGCUGGGCUCAGCUGCAGCCAGUGGAGGUAGACGGCACCCGCUUGUCGCCACCGCCAGCUGUGGGCCACUGCAGCGGCGCUCAUUCAGUGUGCGACAUCCAGCUCAGCCAGGUUUCACCUCGCAGCUUCACUCUGUUGGGGCCGCUUUGCACCAUGUUCAGUGUGGACUUCAGUAAGCCAGUCAGCAGUGCCCCCCAGUCCUACUCCUCUCACUUUGUGGCUCAGAUGAACGGUCAGGCUCAAGUGGUCCUCUCCUGGUGGGAGCUGGACAUGGAUCCCAGUGGAGCAGUCGUGUGCACCAUGGCGCCCAGCUGGACAUAUCCACAGCCAAAAAUGGCUCCAUGGCGAGACCACUGGAUGCAGAGUGUGUAUUUCCUGCCUGGUGAAAGCAAGGUGACUGAAGGACAGGAACUGACUCUAACCGUCUACCACGAUGACUACAGUCUGUGGUACAGACUCCAGUCGCCCAGCCAACAGCAUCCACGGGGCGACUUGCUUCUCUCACGGCCGUGUUGCGUGUGUCAGGCUCACCUGGUUUGGACCCGACCACGCUUUGGUGAACUGAACGACAAACUUCGCACAGAGAGCUAUGUCAGCGCGCUGCGCAGCGUUCUGAAGGAGGACAGUGUUUGUCUCGGAGUGAGCGAUGGAAGUCUCCUUCCUGUGUUUGCACACGUGCUUGGAGCCAAAAAGGUCUUCAGUUUGGAAAACUCCAGGAUGUCCAAACAGGUUAUUGAGCAGGUGUUGGAAUCCAACUCAAUGAGAGGAGGAGUUGAGCUGCUGGAAAUCAGGCCUGAGCAAUUGACCAAUAAUGAUUUAGGAGGAGAGCAGAUUUCCGUGCUGAUGGGUGAACCGCACUUCAGCACCAGCCUUCUACCGUGGCAUGCUCUCUUCUUCUGGUACUGCCGCACCGCCCUGGCUGGUUUUCUGCGGCCCGACGCCACCAUCCUGCCCUGCUCUGCCACUUUGCACAUGGUGGCUGUGGAGUUCCAGGAUUUGUGGAGGAUACGUGCGCCGUGUGGUAUCUGUGAGGGCUUUGACGUCACACCCAUGGAUGAAAUGGUCCAGAAGUCCUUGGAUUUCCGGGAGUCUCGGGAGGCUGAGCCCCACCCACUGUGGGAGUAUCCAUGCCGUGCUCUCAGUCAGUCCGCAACUGUAAUGACCUUUGACUUCACACAGUGCGUCCCUCAACAGCCUAUCAUACGCCGAGGUUCUCUGCCCUUCAUAAGGAGCGGAUGUUGCCACGGUGUGGCUCUAUGGUUAGAAUACCACCUCACGCAGGACGUCUCCGUCAGUACAGGUCUAACAGGACCAAUUGAUGAGCAGGGCCACUGUGAGUGGAGCCGCCACAGGAAACAAGGCGUGUAUUUCCUCAGAUCGGGAUGGCAGAGCUCAGGUGACGGCAGAGCCGCUGUGUCGUAUGACAUCACCUUUCAGCCCGCUUCAGGCGACAUCAAGAUGGACUUCAGCGUGGAGCAGUCACAGACUGUAGGAGGGACUUUGUAAAGAUUUUUGCCAUUUAAGCAUUUUACCGUAAAAUUCUCUCAUUCCACCAGAAUUGUUGUGGUAGCUUUGAUGAUGAAACCAUAGAGAAACUAAGAAAGGAACUUUUUUACGUCGUUCACCUUCACUAAAGGUUUGAAUGUCCAAUUGUUGAAUGACUGUAAUUUUUACACAACUUGCUGUUCUCUCACAAGGAGCUGAAUGGCAAAUUUCACAGCAGGUGUGUGAUCCAUGAAUGGAGCAAUAAAUGUCCUGCUUCAAUUAGAAUUACUAUUGAAACAUUCCUCUUCGUUAUUGAUCAACACUACCUCCAAGGCCCUGUCCAGAACACCAGAACGCUCCUGUAUUUAUUUUUUUUCUAUAUUUUAUUUCCAGGUUGAAAAAAAAUGGCGUCCACAUUGUGUCAAAUUAGUAGUCACAUUCAGAUGGGAACAAAUUUCCACUUUCCAGGGCUUGUCCAGACUGACGAUGAGGAGGUGGAAUUACUUCUACGAGUCAUUCCAGAGGAUAAAACAAAAAUAUGAGGAAAAUGUCGAUUGGGGUGAGUCAUGCCAGUUCAAAUAUUCAGAUAUGCUGGCGUGUCGGCAGUGCUCACUUCUGGUCACGUGACGGCGAUGGGGUUCUGACAUUUUCAGAGUAGCAUAGUAGUAGAAGAGACAACCACUCUUGUGUUCAAAUAUCAAUAUCUUGUUUAAAUAAUGUUCUAAUAGAUGUUCAAUUAUGUUAUUCACGCCUACUAGCUUAACUGCCAUCCAUUUUUCGCAGCCGCGAAAUCAUAGACUCCUAAGAGUUAAACACAGAUGGCUUUUUAGGGGUAAAGAAGACGCAGUUUUUACUAAACAAGUCUUAGGAAUACAAGAAUAGAAGGAUACUUGGUUUAUUGCGUGAGAAUGAAACAAAGUUGUCUUAAACGCAGAUGGAAAUGGAUAGAAGUUGGAAUAUGCUGCACGUUUGUAGAUGUGCAUGCUAAACGUUUUCACUUUUUAGCAUUUUAUGGAACUUCCCAACCAACUAGCACAGAAGCCGAAUAAUCCGUUUUCAAGUUGAACGGCAAUCCGAGCGUGUCGCACGUGUCAGCAAGCUUCAAGCGUCUGUCAGUGUGCUGUCUUGCAGCACAAUCUUCUCUCCUGGUUUGAAUGCUGGCAUCCCCAUGUAUGGACAGCUGGCACAUCGGAAUGCAUCACCAAGGUAACACUGUUACACACACACAAACACACACAUUUGUAAUCACAACAACUCCAAGUGUCAAGGUUUUCAUACUCUGAAAUGUAAGUCAAUAUUAUUACUAGGGAUGGUCUGAUCCGUUACCGAAAAUGGGGGAUGCUGGCCAAAUUUGCUGGGGGUAAAUGUUUAACGUUCAGAGAUGCAUGCACAUUGUAACACAGUUUCCCGCUAACCCAGUUGCUGGAUCAUGACUCAAUUAGCCUAUGUUAGGAAUGGAAUAUGUUCCUUUCUGCUCUGGAUGGGUACAGCAACAUGUAUGUGCUUAUCUAGAACAGAUAGAACACCCCAAGAGACCUUUCACUUGGAACAAAUACACUUUUUAAAUUAUCUCACACACAAACUGAUUAUGAGUCACCUUCCUAUCUCCUGGUUUGGACGCUCAGCUGCUUGGCCUGGCCUGGCGGAAACCAGACCAGCUCAAUUCACCAACAAACAGUUAACAGGAAGUUUCCUAUCAUUGUACCACCUCUCUGACAGGAAAUUAUAGAAGAAAGCGGAACAUGGUUCCUAUUCUGAGAUCGAUUGGACUUCACUAAACCUCCGUUGGCCGUUAAUCGCUCUCUCCAGUGCUGGCAUUACAACUGCUUCUAUCUACUCCUAUUGGAAUUCCAUUGUAAACUGUACUUGAGACUCUUGACUCAUUUCACAGCUGUUAUAAUAAAAUAAUCUGGGAGGGCUUUAGCCCUGUAAAAGGGCCAGUCUGAACAGAAUGUACUCACACUUCCACAGGCAGACUUUGGCAAAUUUGUUUUCUGUUGUCCUUUAUUGUCUUGCUCCAGUUCCUCAGCGAGACCGCAUGUACUGCCACAAACAGACGCCAUACAUGACUUUGAAGUGCACGGUGUAGACUUGCAUUACAAGUAUCAAAACUCACCAGUUCUUGCAGGCUUUCUUCUUCUUGCCUGCUCCCUCCCCGCAGGUGGGGGCCUUCAGAGACGCCGGGUCUGGCUUCUUGAAAUCCUCCUCGUCUAGCAGAGCAUCAGAGUCCACCAGAUCCUGGCAGGACAGGAAGCAGGAGUUCAGUACAAACCACUCAAAUAUUAGCAAGAGUUGCAACAGAAAUCACCACGUCACAGUCGUUCAUGUCGUUGGCCGAUAGCGUCCACAUUGUCACCGUGUGGGGAUCCAGGGGCGGUUUCUCUGCUGAAAUGAUGAACAUCAACAACGUCAGGCCUGGCAACCAGUGUGCCCCAUCUCCAUGACACGCCAGAACACAAAAGUUUUACCCAUGCCUGAAAUCAAGCAGGAGGUCGGCCAUCUUUGAGAGAAUGCCAAGGGUCGUACUUUUGACAAAACUACUGUUAGGCAAUUCGGCGAUUUUAGGAUAUGCCAAAAUGUGCGAGAGGGGCCUUUCAAGACUCGCUACGAUACACGAAACUGGAUAAAAUGACUCCAGAAAUUCGUACUUUGAUCAUAAUUGCUGUGUACGAUCAAGGUGACAUUUCUAGCUUGACAGGACGCACACAAAAGUUAUUACCCAUGCCUGAAAUCCAACAGGAAAUCAGCCUUUUUGAGAGACUGCCAAAGCUCGUACUUUAACAAACCACUCUUAGGUAAUUUGCUCGUACAAACCCAAUUCCGAAUCUGACAUAACAGACACAUUGACCACCAUAAAUUCACGAGGAUUGUCCCGCCUUUUUCCAUUUCUGCAGUCGACAAUGUGUGGCUUUCACCUGGGUUUCUUUUGCUGGUCCAAUACCUGGCUGAGUGGUCCUUUUCCCAAAAGGCAGCUUGAUGGAACUGGUUGAUCCAACCUCAAAGUUUGGUUUGGAUGCAGACAUGCGUACUCGCGACAGCGUGUUUCCAUGGUAACCAGUAGCCACCUGCAGGGCGUUCAAAGCCUCUGCAGUCAGUUGUGUUUUUCCGACCUGGAGGGAGGAACAAAAUGACAACACUU